AUGGAAGACAAGUUCUCCAUACCAUGCUACUGCCCAGAUCGGAAAUGUGGUAAAAGGAGCCAUUGGCAUUGCCCUAAAUGUGCCAAAAUAAUAAACAGAUCAAACUAUUUCAAAUCCCACUUAAGUCUGACGGUGACAGCAAGCCCUUUUGAUGGGGAACAACCUUCUCUGUCGACUGUUACAACUGACCAAGUCCAACGAGGAACCAGGGUUUGUCGCAUUUGUGAGAUUAAUUUCACCACCACCUCAAACUUGAGAAGGCAUGAAAAGGAGCAGCAUGAUGGAGAAGAACCAAUGAUGUGCAUUGACCCCAAAAAUGCUGUGACAACAAAGCAUUCUCAUGGAGUGAGACUUACUGUACAUGUGCGAAAGUGUUUGCCAGAACGGCUGUAUGAUUGUAAAGUAGAUGAAUGUAGAGACUUCAUGAGCAUAGCUGCUCAAAGUGGAAACCCUGGGGGAAAAAAUGCAGUCUCUCCGACAGAUAUAUAUUCUUCUCCCCUAAAAAAAGAAGACCUGACUAAAGCCUGCAAUAUUCUGGGAGUGUCUGCCAGUGGAUCCAUUUCCGACAUUAUAAACAGGCUUGAGGAGCUUCUCCUGUAUAAGAAUGUUUAUCCUAAGAUGUUUGUAAAACUCAAAAAAGCUAGAGGUGGAGUCUAA